AUGAGAAUCAGCAACUUGGUUAUUGCGGCCUCUGCUGCCGGCAUGGUCAACGCUCUCCCUAAGCGUGAGAUGAAGAAGCGUGCUUCCUCUGGUUUCACCUUCUUCGGUGUUAGCGAGUCUGGUGCUGAGUUUGGUUCCGGCGUUGGUACUCUGGGAACCACCUACACCUGGCCUACGACCAGCCAGAUCCAGAUCCUGAGAGAUGCGGGCAUGAACAUGUUCCGUAUUCCCUUCCUGAUGGAGCGUCUUACUCCCGACAGCAUCACCGGCUCUUUUGCUUCUGCCUACCUUAGCGACCUCAAAUCGACCGUCCAAUUCGUCACUGACAGCGGAGCUUACGCCGUCCUCGAUCCCCACAACUAUGGAAGAUACAACGGAAACAUCAUCACUUCCACCUCUGAUUUCCAGACCUGGUGGAAGAACGUUGCCGCUGAGUUCGCUGACAACGACAAGGUCAUCUUUGAUACCAACAACGAGUACCAUGAUAUGGAGCAGUCCUUGGUCCUGAGCCUCAACCAGGCCGCCAUUGACGGUAUCCGUGCCGCCGGCGCCACGACUCAGUACAUCUUUGUUGAGGGUAACAGCUACUCUGGUGCCUGGACCUGGACCGAGAACAACGAUAACCUCUCCGGCCUGACCGAUACCGAGGACAAGAUCAUCUACGAGAUGCACCAGUACCUCGACUCCGAUGCCUCUGGUACCUCGGAGACUUGCGUCAGCUCCACCAUCGGUAAGGAGCGUCUCGAGAGUGCCACCGAGUGGCUUCAGACCAACAACAAGAAGGGUGUUAUCGGAGAAUUCGCCGGUGGUGUCAACUCCGUCUGUGAGGAGGCUGUUGAGGGCAUGCUUUCCUACAUGUCCGAGAACAGCGAUGUCUGGGUCGGUGCCUCUUGGUGGUCUGCCGGUCCCUGGUGGGGAUCCUACAUGUACAGCCUGCAGCCCUCCGAUGGCCCGGCUUACUCGACUUACCUUCCCAUCCUGGAGAAGUACUUCCCUGAUGGUGACUCUACCACCUCUGCUUCCAGCUCCGCUGCUACCUCUGUCGCUGCCGCCACCUCCGCAGCCACCUCCGCGGCCACCUCCGCUGUCUCUGCUGUUCAGCAGACCACCACCGCUGCUCCCCACCCUCAGGUCUCGACCACUUCCGCCAUCUCCGUCGCUGCCGCCGCUCCCAGCAGCAGCUCUUCCGCUACCACCUUUGCCACCUCCACCAAGUCUAAGUCCCCCUGCAAGCUGCACAGCACCAGCAGCGCUGCUUCCGCGGCUGCCACCAGUGCUGUUGUUGCCACCCAGCCCACUACCUCCGCUGUUGUUGCUACCCAGCCCACCACAAGUGCCGUUGCUGCCAGCCAGCCUACCACCACCGCUGUUGCUGUUGCCGCCACCACCCCUGCCGUCAUUCCUAGCCCCAUCACCUCCAGUGUGGCUGCUGCCAGCGGCAGCGCUGGUGUCAGCGAUCCCCAGGGUGCCCUGGCUACCAACGCUGCUGGCCAGGUCAAUGAGUUCUACCAGUGCGGUGGACUUAACUGGACCGGACCCACUGAGUGCGCCAGCCCCUACACCUGCGUGAAGCAGAACGACUACUACUACCAUUAUUUGCGUGCGCUCGAGGACAACUGUGCCCUGCGCCGCCCCCAGUCAGCGCCACCGACCAAGGAGUUGUCCGAAGAAAGAGUGUCCCGGAGUAGCCCUCCGUUACCUUUUGUCGCAGAUGACGCGUCCCCACUUCCCCAGACCAGCACCGCCGAGGCACUCAUCACCAACCCUCUUGUCUCUGCCACAUCCUUCUACCUGAAGGAUACGACCGGACGAUAUAGUAAGCUCCAGCGCGUCUUCCUGCUCCUCAAAUCCGCGGUUCCCGACUACCUGUGCCCAGAUCUUCCUUUUCACAUCGAUGGCUGUACCUGGGAACUUAGCUGGUCCCGGACUGAUUUUGAAGAUGCUUCUGUUGUGGAGGGGCUGCCGUCGCUGGAUGACUUUCUCUAUUUGCUCAACACCGUCAAGUUCCAUUCCUCUCGGAUGCUAUAUCUCGUCGACGAAGACGAGUUCAUACCUCAUCUCCACGAGUUCUACGAUCGAGGGCUCGAGAAGGCCAAAACUCAGCCCCUAUGGUUCAUUCAAUACCUCCUGAUCAUCGCUCUCGCCAAGGCUUUCUUGACCACACCCAGGAAUCCCAAAUUACCGCCAGGAUCAGCUUUCUUCACAAGGGCUAUGUCUCUAGUACCGGAUUUUAUAGGCCUGAAUCGUCAGCCAAAUCGUGGCAUGCAGAUUCUGUACCUGAUAGGUCUGUAUCUGGUGUCGGUGGACAUGAAAGAUGCUGCUUAUGUUUAUGUCGGCCAGGCGAUCCGGAUGUGUAUCAUGGAGGGGAUAUACCGGGAGCCACCAGACGGACUUUUUGGGACUGGUAUCGCGCAUCAGUGCCGUAACAUCUGGUGGUCCGCAUAUAUUCUUGACCGGCAGCUAUCAUCGAUGAUAGGCGGUCCAGUAUCGAUCCAAGAUGCGGAAAUCACUUGUGCGCUCCCCGUCGCUUACGAUCAGUCGGAGGAUGCUCUGUUCUUCACCAUGCAUGUCAAGCUUUCCCGCACGAUCGGCCGCGUGUUGAAUUCCGUAUACACCACCGAUUUUCGAUUGCGACAGUCAUUCAUCUCCACGAUUCAGUCUGUGCUGCGCGAGAUGGCCGAUAUUCUGCGGGAGACGGAGGAGAUGGCCGCCAAAGUCUCGCAUCAUUCCCUGCGUACAGUAUCGACUAUGACGAGCCAUCUGACAGUAAAAUACCACCAAUGUAUUAUUCUGGCCACGCGUCCGCUGUUCCUUCACUUUCUCAUCAACCGGCUCCAACCACAGGAUCAGCGCGGCAAGACAGUGAUCCCCGUCCAGCUGAGACCGCUUCUCGAAACCUCUCUGCAGUCGGCCAAGAUCUCAUUGAGGACUUUGUCUGUAUUGUACGAGCAGUCACUUCUCGAAUCGUUCCUUCCUUUCGAUCUGGAAGGGAUCUUCUCUUCCGCAUUCAUCCUCACCAUCGCCCACUUCAUCGACCCUGCUCUGGUGCCGGAUUUGGCCAACUACGUGCUCACCGCUUCGCGCAUGCUGUCCGACAUCGUUGCCAAGGGCAACAUGACCGCCGCGCUGCGGCAGAAGGAACUGGAUUUGCUACAGAGGAUGACCGGACAUGUCGUUAGCGGGGAGAGUAGUGAUCAUGAUGAUGGAAGGGAAAGUGUCUCCCGCAUGGUGAGUCUUCCUGAGCAGACGGAUCCCGCGGCGGAGUCGGAGUUUAUGAUGGCGGAUGAGGAGAUUACCAUGAGCCCUACACAGAUAUUGAGUCUGGCGGAGCAUUUGGACUUGCUGAACGAGAGUGCGUGGGAUAUUGGAUUCGGACUCGAGGGGCAGGGUUUGAUGUGA